UUCAAAUAGUUUUGCAAAGCUUUAAAAAAGUUGAGAUAAAUAAAACGAAUAAAUUGUUGGCGCAAAGGGAUUUUAAUGGGAUUUUUUGUUUCUUUAGUCCAGUGGAUUCGCUCUCUGUUCAUUUAUUAAAUUCGAGGGAGGUUCGACCCCGCUCGGGUCCCAUAUUUAUUAUCGCCUUUAUUUUGUCAUUUAAAGUUGUUUUUCUAGUUAUUUUAGAGGUAUUUUUUAACAAAAAAAUUUAAUUAAGCUGCUGCAGCACAAAACAUGGAGUUUAUGGCUACUGUUCAGAACAAAGAUUUGCUUGAAGAAUUAAAGGUGCAGAGCCAGGCAAUUGUUCACAAAACAAUUACGAAUGGCACUCCAGAUGGAAGACAACAGAUGAUUAGGCAUUAUCGUUGCAAUCGACAUCGCCACCAAGAGAAAUGUCCAUUCAAAAUGUUGGCGAUUCAGUCUGACGACGGCACAUUUAAGGUUUUCAGAAGUGGGGAACACAAUCAUGCUGUGGUGCCGUCAGGUUAA